UCCCGGUGACAAGCGAUCGAUGUGCGGCGUAGGUAGCACUGUUUUGUUCCACGUCUCAGCCUCUCUCUCUCACUCUCCUCUCUCUCCCCCCCAAUUGGACGCGUAAUCGAAACCCUAAAUUCCGCGCUCUCAGAUUCAUUUGGUUCCACGUUUCCGACUCCAGAUUUCUGGCCUCGCACUAUUUGUGUUUUGGUGUUUUAAGCACCACGUGUUUCGAUUCAGAUUUUGGUUCCUUUCUCGGCGUCACGGUUCUAAUCCUUUUCCUCGAAUAGGAAGUGCAGCCAGUCGCACACCUUUAGUUCUUCAAUGGAGGACGUCAAAGAGCGGUUGCUCCCACCAAAACCUGCAUCAGCUAUGAACCUUAGGGAUUCAUCUCAUCGACCAUCUGCCUCGGGGCGUCCACCUUUCCUAGGUGUUGAUGUUCUAGGACUGAAAAAGCGUGGCCAAGGCCUUCGAUCAUGGAUUCGUGUGGACACAAGUGGGAACUCCCAAAUCAUAGAGGUUGACAAGUUCACUAUGAUGCGUCGGUGUGAUCUUCCUGCUCGUGACCUACGUUUGCUUGACCCUUUAUUUGUCUACCCCUCAACAAUCCUUGGCAGAGAAAAAGCAAUUGUUGUAAACUUGGAGCAGAUUCGAUGUAUUAUCACAGCUGAUGAGGUGUUUCUUUUGAAUUCUCUCGACAGCUAUGUAUUGCAGUAUGUGGUGGAGCUACAAAGGCGAUUGACAACUGCAGGGGCUGGUGAGGUUUGGCAAUCUGAAGGUACUGACUCGAGCAGAAGGAGAGGAAGUAGGAACUUUGAUAAUAUGUUUGCGAAUGCUUCGCCUGAUUACUUGCCCUUUGAGUUUAGGUGUCUCGAAGUUGCUCUUGAAGCUGCUUGUACGUUUCUUGAUUCUCAGGCAGCAGAAUUGGAAAUUGAAGCAUAUCCACUGCUGGAUGAACUUACGUCAAAAAUCAGUACCUUAAACUUGGAGCGUGUGCGUCGUUUGAAAAGUAGACUUGUUGCGUUAACUCGACGAGUUCAGAAGGUUAGAGAUGAGAUAGAACAGCUUAUGGAUGAUGAUGGAGAUAUGGCCGAAAUGUAUCUCACUGAAAAGAAAAUGCGCAUGGAGUCAUCAGUCUAUGGUGAUCAAUCUGUAAUGGGUUACAGAUCAACUGAUGGUGUGCAAUCUGUUUCUGCCCCUGUUUCUCCUGCUACUUCGCCCCCUGAGGGUAGUAGGAAGCUUGAGAAAAGCUUGAGCAUUGCCAGGAGCCGACAUGAGAGCAUGAGAAGCACAGAAAGUGGUACAGACAGUAUUGAAGAACUUGAAAUGUUGUUGGAGGCUUACUUUGUUGUCAUUGACAGCACACUCAACAAAUUGACUUCGCUGAAGGAGUACAUUGAUGACACGGAAGACUUUAUUAACAUUCAGCUGGAUAAUGUCCGAAACCAGCUGAUCCAAUUCGAGCUGCUGCUUACAACCGCAACAUUUGUGGUGGCCAUAUUUGGGGUGGUGGCAGGAGUAUUUGGAAUGAAUUUUGGGAUAUCAUUGUUCGAUGACCCGGGUGCCUUCAAGUGGGUUCUUAUAAUCACAGGAAUAAGCGGGGCCAUCAUAUUUUUUUCAUUUUUGCUAUUUUUCAAGUAUAAAAGACUGAUGCCGCUGUAGAUGGAUGGUGAAGGGAAGAUGGGCUGAAAUGUGUGGGGUCGAUUAAUCAUUCUAUUAUAUAACCCACCCCCCUCCAGGCUCUAUUCAUCACAAGGAAUUUGAAAUUUUCUCUUUCCUCUGAGAGAAGGAACAUAUGGACGAUGCAUCUGUCCGAGAGGCUGUCGGGAAAAGGAAAAUGAUAGGGGGAAUUGGAAAGGAUGGUUGAUUGGCGUUAAGAGCGCAAUUAUUAAUCUAUCUAUCUAUCUAUCUAUCAAAAGUCCGUUGUCUCCUCCGCUUGCUGCUUCGCUGUAUGUAAAAUUUCUUCUCCUUUUGGGUGCUCUGCUCUCUACUAGCUGAGCUUAGCUUUUAGCUUAGGCGGGCCUUUGAGUCAAUCAAUAUCUAUUAUUAUUACAUUCUUCUCUAUCUCAAUUUGCUUGUUUAUUCUCUCAUUUAUUUAUAAAAGAAGAAAAUUCAAGGUGGUGACCGGUUAUUUA